AUGAGCCCAGCGCCAUCAUGGCUUGCAGGGUUAAGUCUUGCCAGACUGCAUCGGAUUGCGGUCUCAAUCGGUUCACCAUGCUCGGGAACAAAAGCUGAACGAGUGGCUGGUAUCCAGCACGCACUGUCGGGAGUCGAGACCUCCAGAAGGGAAAAUCUAAGUCUUCUCAGCAUCGACAUGGGCAUCCGGAAUCUUGCGUUUGCACAUAUAUCGGCCCCGAGACAUGUCGACAAAAGAUUGUUGUACGGCCUCCCUACGCUCCGGCAGUGGCGCCAGGUUGCCGUGUCUCAGGCAUCGGAAGUCGAGGCGAUCGACUCACAUCUGAUGGCGCCGGGCGAGUCUAAGCUAGAGGGGGCCUCGCCAGUCACACAUAUCCGUUCUCGGCUAGGCAAGGAAUCUUUCGAGCCCAUCGACUACGCACUUCACGCGUAUAACUUGGUCACGAAUCUGCUGCGGACAUAUAAACCAAGCCACGUUCUGAUCGAGAGGCAAAGGUUCCGCAGUGGCGGUCGAGCAGCUGUGCCAGAAUGGACCAUUCGAGUCGGCGUGUUCGAGGGCAUGCUGUAUGCUGUGCUGCGGACUUUGGUCGAGGAAGGAAAGGUCCAGGUGCAGGUGGAACCUAUGCAGCCGACUUUUGUCAACAGAUACUGGCUCGAAAGUCGUGAGGCCGCCAAAAGUGCUCCUGUGAAAACCCCAGCUGUGCGUCGCAGCGGUCGGGAUGUAAAGAGGGCCAAGAUCGAUCGGGUCGGACAAAUGCUGGUGGACGAUGAGAAGCCUCCUGCAAUCCGCUUAGACGAAGAUCUACGACCUUUCACAAGCGAGUUCGUUUCGAUCUGGCAGAAGGACAGAAAGAGGAACGUCCUUGCCACCAACAUGAAUGGCAUCUCCAAAUUAGAUGACCUGGCCGAUUGUUUACUUCAGGGCCUGGCGUGGAUCGAUUGGCAAAACGCAAGAAGACGUAUCCACGUCCUAGGACCAGAUGGUGUGGAAGAAGAUUCUGGAGAGCUGUUGUGA